CAACAUAAUUAUUUAUAUUUGAUAUAAAUAAAUGAGGCUUUACCGAAGUAUUUAGUAAAUUCUGUUUAAUUUUUCACAUCACAUAACCUCAAUUCGGUAUCUAUGGAUUUUGCACGAAAUACGGUUUAGCUGUUUAUAAUGAGUAUAUUAAUAAUUUUACUAUACUAAAUGAUAGAUAAUGGAUACUCUCAGGCCUAGAAAACAUUAAAGAAAAGAAAACUUACACAAAACCACUUUUCUGCUACAAACUAAUGUUGCAAAUUUUAAAUUUAGCGCCACGCUCAGAUACGAAUGAAGUUCGCGUUGCGAAUACGGGCCGAUUAUGAUGUGAAAGAUAUUCCGAAGGCCGUGAGGUGCCGUGAGUGAACACGGAAAUCGAGAUGUGUGUGUGGUCAAAAAGACAGUGCAAGGUAGGGGUCGGGUGGCGUUUGUGAUGGCAAAAUUUUUGCAAAUGCACGGUCACUGACAUUAGCACCCACAAUGGACCAGCAAUUCUGUUUGCGCUGGAACAACCAUCCAAACAAUCUGACUGAUGUGCUUGCAAGCCUGCUCCAGCGUGAGGCUCUCUGCGAUGUCACUCUUGCCUGUGAUGGGGAGACGGUCAAGGCGCACCAGACAAUUCUGUCAGCAUGUUCUCCAUACUUUGAGACCAUAUUUUUGCAGAACUCUCAUCCGCAUCCCAUAAUAUUUUUAAAAGAUGUGCGAUUCUCAGAGAUGAAGUCACUCUUGGAUUUUAUGUACAAGGGUGAAGUAAAUGUUGGCCAAAAUAUGCUACCUAUGUUCCUAAAGACUGCUGAAAGCUUACAAGUUAGAGGUUUGACAGAAAACAACACACUAAAUCCUAAGACGGAAGAGCGAUCAACACCAUCAGUUAGUGCGGAGAACCUGUCUCGCGGUGAGUUCGCGAGCCCGCCUGCUGCGCAUGCGCACGGCGGCAGCACGCCGCUGCCCGCGCCCCCCGCGCCGCCCGCGCCCCACGCACCCGCUCCCCCCGCACCGCCAGAGAAGCGGCGCAGGAAGAACUCAUCUCUGCCACGUGACGAUGAUAUACCAUACCGGCACUAUGAGUCGCACGCGAAAGGUGGUAAGGGUGGUUCAACGGGGUCGGGUUCGGAGCCGUCGACUCCACCGCCGGCGCACACGCCGCAGCGCCUGACGCCGCUGGUGGCGCACGCGCACGUCAAGCAGGAACCGGACGCGUACGCUACGCCGCACCCCGCGCCGAUGCACCCGCCUCCGCACUUUGACCAGACACAUCUAACGGGAAUGGGAGUAAAUGAAAUGGCAUCUAUGUUGACUCAGCACCCACUUGGUAACGAAUGUAGCGAGAACGAGACAAUGUUGCAGCCCCACCCGGACCAGACAGACACCAUCGAUGGCUCGAAGGGCUGGCACAUGCGGCUGACGUUCGAGCGGGUGGCGGGCGCACUCAACCUGCACCGCUGCAAGCUGUGCGGCAAAGUGGUGACGCACAUACGCAACCACUACCACGUGCACUUCCCCGGCCGCUUCGAGUGCCCGCUGUGCCGCGCCACGUACACGCGCUCCGACAACCUGCGCACGCACUGCAAGUUCAAACAUCCCGCGUACAACCCCGACACGAGGAAGUUCGAGCCCACGCCGCCGGUGUCCGCGCCCGCGCACGCCACGCAUGCCGCGCACGCCACGCACGCGACGCACGGCACGCACGCGACACAUGCGGCGCCGCUCUUCGCGAACCACCUCGACGCGAGCUUCGAUUGAUUGUCCAUGUACUGGCUGGGCAUGGACGCCGUGUGAGCGCGCGCUCGUGCACAGCCAGGCCGCUCCGCUCCGGCGGACAGACUCGUGUGUUUGCAUUCUAAUGGACCGUCUCGCGUUGACUUUCCUAUUUAGGAUUAAGCUGAAGUGCUAUUACUUAAGCGGGCCUUAAAUUCAGUUCUUAAUGCCCAUCCACGAUGGGCCACUCGUUUUAGUAUUGUCUCGGUUGUGCAUUUGACUUGCCCCAGUGUGACCUUUUAUAAGAAUCCUAUUAUUGGAUGUUAUAAUUGUUAGACGUUUUUCGAAAACAAAACGUAAAUCCUUUUAAAUGUCGCUUAACAAAUCGAAGCGUUUAUUAAUGUAGGUAAGCAAAUUUUUUUCUAUACCAAUCGCUAUACGGGAACGGGCAAAAGCAAUAAUAUGAUGUUAAUUUUAUUACCAUAUUAUUUUUUAUAUUAUAUCAAUAGAAAUCUUAAGCUAUUUAAGGAGUAUACACUAUAUUCAAGUAGCGGUGCGACCGCGAAGUUAUUCUGGCUAUUUAACGGCUGCCCAUAAGCGGGCAUUCAUCGUCUUGUUAUAUUUAUUCGUUAGAUAGGGAAUUCUGAGUUUCCUGUAGCUAAUUGUAUUUAUGUUAUAUCCUAUGAGUGGUGCGGAAUGACAACAGCAGGUUGAGAGAACUGGCAAGAGAUUGUGAUCUGUCGUCGGUCAACGACAUAUAAAUAUUGACUGAAUCUCAGUGUAGAUGCAUUUGUAACUCUAUGAGGCCUUUGCAAGAUGGAUAAUUAUUAAGGAUUUGUGAUGUAUUAACGGAUAGCGCCUAAGGAAACAUACGAAAAGAUUUUUUUUUUUAUACUAGACUAGUUGAUCUAUUUACGGAGAUUGUUUUUUUUUAUACUUAGAUAUAUUCUAUUGUCUGAUUUAAUAUAAUUUUAUAUUUAUGUGACGUAUGUAUAUGAUUUAUCAGUGUUGUUUGUUUUUAUUGAUCGAACCUAUAUGGUAACACUUCGCGACUUAGUUAUGUUCAGUCGGCAGUGGAUACACUGCGCGAGGCAGUCGUUGACGUUGUUGACGUGUUUUAUAAUUUUAUCGUUGGUAGAUGUUUUUACGUUUAGUUGUCUUAAAGGGUCGCCAGAGCCCAUAUGAGAACGGUGCUUGAGGUCACAGACCUCUUUUCAAUUAUUUUAAGAUAGGGUGGAACGUUCGAGGGUUGCGCAUUUAGUAACUAAUAUUGGCAUUCUACGAUUGGGACUAACCUAGCGUUUAUGUAUGUAUUUUCAAUUAAGAUUUAAGAUUGUUACAUUUUUAGCUAAACACUUAGAGUGGUACGGUAACUGAAAUGUGAUAAAAUGGAAUGGUGCUAGAACCAAGAGUGUUAACACGCUACGAUUCGACUCCUAUUUGUAAUAUUUAAUGUUUUAAAUGAUUAGUUACUUUGCAUUAUUGUAAGGCGUCUAGCAUCCAGUUGCGGUCGCGUCCGUUGCGUCACAUUUACGUGACGUUCUCGUCGCGCCACUAGACAUUACAGUAUCACUCGAAAUAUUUACCUUCGUUUUUUUUAAACGUUCAAAUUGACUUAAUAUAUAUUAUAAUAUAGAGAUUUUUUUUACAAAUCGAAUCCAACUCAGCCAAAAAGUAGAUGUCAGUCGUAUGUACCGUUUCUUUAGUUUUUCAUAUUUCCUAAGUUGUGGCGGCGAUGCUGUUUUAAGUAGCUGUGAACAUGCAAUUUCACUUGUGCAAUUUUUUUUAAUAGUCAUAACUCAUAACUAGAUUUACAUUUGCUUAUUAAAUAUAGGGGCCCACUUGAUAUAAGCACUAAGCUCCUGUGUCCCGAGAGGGUAUGCAAAUAUCACCAAACGUUUCUUCCACAAAGAUUUUUUUUAUAUUUAUUUUAGUGAUAAAAAAGAUGUUUAUAUACCUUACCAGUUGACGUGGGCGCUUAUUAUUUGAUAGCAUUUCAUACUCAGUGCAAUAUUACUAGUUAUUUAAUUACGUAACCAAACUAAAGGAUAUUAUAAAAGUAAUGAAUGUCUCCGAAAAUGGAGCUAAUACUUUUUUUUAUUUACAUAGUGAAGUACUUCUCAUUUCUACAUCUACCAAUCAACUUUAAAUGUCUGCAAAUAUGUUUUGUUUUUGUAUUUAACAUAAGUAUAGAAUUCCUUAAUUUAAUUUAUAAAGAGAAUUUAUACUUUGUUUCUGUUUUAAAGUUAAUAAUUUUACUUUCUACCUCCAAAUAGCGGCUUUAUAAAAAGCAGAUAUAAUAUAAUUUUUUUUUUCUUUUAUGUCUUAAGAAGUACACACUUCUCUUAGUUUCUAUUUUAAUAUUUUACCUUGCAAUAGAAUAAAUCUUUACUAAUUUCAAUUGUAUUGUUAAAUGUAUAUCUCUUCCUAGUAACGAGGUAAGAGUGGCAGAAGGAGAGCGAGAUAGUGAAUAGGUUGUUUUUAUAUUAAACAGAAGUACUUCUCCUAUUUUGUAUGUAGGUAGCGAACGCAGUUUGGGUUACGGUGUUGUACAGGUUUCAUAGCUGGUAAUAUUAAGGAUUAGCUUGUUUACCUCUGCCAAUCGUAAUAGUUAAUGUUUAAUAAUUUAUUAUUGUCGCGCAAUUCAAAGUCUAUUGUUGAUGAAUAGAUCAUAGCUAUCCGAUAAGGGCAGACGCUAGCGUACUUCGCCCGCGCGCCCGUAACUUCAUCUAAUCGUGAAUGCAUUUUUUUUGUAUAUUACUGUCACUCGAGACCAAUUUUAAAUAUUGAAUUUGCUAUAGCAAAUCGAUCGAUUAGUAAUAUAGAUUAUUUUAGAUAUUUUAGGUUAGGAUACUAUGAUAGUGUCUGGCCAGAAUAUUUUGGAGUAUCACAUCGUUUGGCUCAGAAAAUAUCACCCCUUUGAUCUCUUUACAGCUUUCAGAAAGUGUGCAACUUAAUAAAUAUAUAAUGACCACGUAAUUGGACUUAUUGAAAGCUAACAUUAUGCCAUAUGGAUUUACACAUAAGGUUAACGAAUUACUAAAUUUAGUCUUAUUGAAAAUAAGGUCUUUAUGACCUAGUCACUUAUUUGGCCAAUCUAAUUGAAUAUUCCAAUUUAUUGUAUAAUAAAACGGCCUCUUAAUAUCACGGCGAUGUGGUGUUAUUCGGAAUUCAAUGGAGUGCAGGACGAGCGCUAUGGUUAUUUCAGGAUAGCAAUGGUCUAGUUAUGUUUAUUUUGUUUAUUUUUAACAUUAGCCAAUUUGUUAUAGUGUCGUGUAUCAAUAGUAUAAAUACUAAUAGGCGGGGGUGUCAAAUCGUCUACCUAACAACUAUCCAAUCGCUGUUGUUAUAUUUUUAAAUGAAAUUUUAUGAAAGAUUUGUUGUGUCUAUGAUAUAUUUCUAAAUAAUCUUGGUUUGA